AGAUGUGGUCUCUGUGCAUUUGGAGUAUUUAACCCCUUCACUCGAAACGCCAAACCCAGAACCCCAUACACUGUCUACAACAUUCCACACAAUCUCUCUCCCUCUCUCUCUCUCACACACACUCACACUCUCUCUUUCUCUCUCUCACACAGCUUUUUGCAAAGUCUCAAGCUCACCCCAAUUGCUCCCAUGGCGGCUGGACUCUCCGCCUCCGUAACCUCCAAGCCCUUCCGUCUCUUCCAACACUCUCACCUCCUAAAACCCACAACCCUCUUUGCUCCCUCAGUUCUCCGCCACAGCACAAUCAAAAAAACCAGAAGAAAAGCUUGCUUAACUGUCUAUGUGAUCUUGGAGGACCAAAAACAAAGGACCCAUUUGGUGAAUCCUAAAGAUGAAGACUCUGAUGGCCUGACUAAAUUUCAGAUCCCAUCUCCACGUGUGGCAGAGAAGUUGGCUAGGAAGAGAUCCGAGAGGUUCACUUAUCUAGUGGCUGCUGUUAUGUCUACCUUUGGUAUUACUUCCAUGGCUGUCAUGGCUGUUUAUUAUAGAUUUUAUUGGCAAAUGGAGGGUGGAGAAGUGCCUAUGUCUGAAAUGUUAGGUACAUUUGCUCUAUCUGUUGGUGCUGCUGUGGGAAUGGAAUUUUGGGCAAGAUGGGCUCACAAAGCUCUCUGGCACGCUUCCUUGUGGCAUAUGCACGAGUCCCAUCAUCGACCAAGAGAAGGACCAUUCGAGCUCAACGAUGUUUUCGCCAUUAUCAACGCUGGCCCAGCUAUUGCUCUCCUCUCCUAUGGCUUCUUCCACAAAGGCCUUGUUCCUGGUCUUUGUUUUGGUGCUGGUCUUGGAAUUACAGUGUUUGGCAUGGCUUAUAUGUUUGUCCACGAUGGUCUGGUUCACAAAAGAUUCCCAGUGGGACCCAUUGCCAACGUACCCUACUUUAGAAAGGUUGCUGCAGCUCACCAGCUCCACCACAUGGACCUGUUCGAUGGUGUGCCAUAUGGGUUGUUUUUGGGACCUAAGGAACUGGAAGAAGUGGGAGGUCUGGAAGAGUUGGAAAAGGAGAUUAACAGGAGAAUCAAAUCAAAUAGUGGUCCUUGACAAAUUAGUCAAGGGGAGCUCGUUUCCUAGCACAAUUAUCAGAUUGGGCGAACAGUGCAGUGAUAAAUAUCAAAGAUUUUGAGGCUCUUAGUUACUGUCUUAUUACAAUGAUAUGAAAAUAGGCAAGAGAAUGAAACAGUAGAUUAAGGAGGCUUUUACAAAAUUUUUACUUGUGUGUUUAUGUGAGUGUUUCAUAUUUAGUGGGAUCAAUGAUCAGAAUGAAAGAGAUAUACUGUAAUGGGAUUCUAGAAUCCCACUGAAUUUGAUUGCUCGCUGGAGAAGACUGUACUUGGUUCUUGUACAAAAUCCCAAACUAAUAGAUGAUAUUUCUUAAAAUUGUCACAGCUCAA